ACACUCAAGAAAUUCCCAACUUGCUAAACUCCCUCUUCUUCAUCAAGACCAACACAAACAAAACGGAAGUCGGCUCAAACACCUACCACAGCCUCGCCUGCACUACUCCAAUGUCUGUCCCCACUGUUGUCUUCAUUACCGGCGCAAGCAGAGGAAUCGGCAAGACACUGGUCCAGACCUAUCUUGCUCGGCCCAACCACAUCGUCGUCGGUAGCGUCCGUGACACGGCCUCGCCCAACGCCGAGGCCCUCAGGUCGCUGCCUGCCGCCGACGGAAGCCGCCUGCUGCUGGUCAAGAUCGAGAGCACCUCAUACGCCGACCCCGCCGCUGCCGUGCGCGAGCUCGAGGCCGCCGGCAUCGGCCACGUCGACAUUAUUAUCGCCAACGCUGGCGGCACCGGCGGCGGCAUAGCCCCUCUAACCACCGUCACCCCUGGGAACGUGGCCGACGUCCUCGCCCUGAACGCGCUGGGCCCUCUCGCUCUGUACCAGGCUUUCCUGUCUCUGCUGAAGAAGUCGCCGGCGCCCAAAUGGGUGUCCGUAUCCAGCGCCGUGGCCUCCAUUGGCAACAUGGAGAACUUCCACUCCCACGUCGCUCCCGCCUACGGCAUCGGCAAGGCCGCGCUGAACUGGAUCACCGUAGCCGCGCACUGCGGCAACAAGGAGCUCAUCGCGUUUGUCCUGCACCCUGGCCUGGUCCAGACCGACAUGGGCAACCGGGCCGCCAGGGGCAUGGGCCUGCCCCAGGCGCCCAUCACCCUUCAGCAGAGCGCCGACGCCAUCAUCAAGCUGACCGACGAGGCCACACGCGAAAAGACUUCGGCCAGGUUCUUUGACGCCAUCCAGGGCACCGAGAUUCCCUGGUGAACUCAUCUCUUUCUACAAGGGCUAUUCGCUGGGAGCCUUGUGACGUGAUUAAUUAUCCUACUGGAUGAGCAAGGUUACCCAUUUCCC